UGUCCCUUCCGCCUCGCAGGCCCCGCCCCCCGCGCUCGCAAGCCCCGCCCCCUCCGGCCCCCGGCCGGGCAGGGCCGGGCAGCCAUUUUGGGCAGAGCUUUGUUAUGGUUCUGGGGCCGCAGCAGGCAGCGAGAGGGGCCCGGCCGUGACUACAGUUCCUGUCUUACCUCUUUGAUGGAAGAGGACUAUGACCCAGAAGUGAACUCUCCACUGUAGAACAAGAAGCUCUUGUGGAAUAAUUUGUUUCCUUUUAAAAGCAGCACCCAGUCUACAAAAAGAAAAAAAAAAAAGAGUAGAAGAGAUUCUUUUUAGUCCUGGCAUUUUUCUGUUCUUGUGACCUAUGUCUCAGCAUGUAAAUGGUGAAAAACGGGGAUAUAAACAUCUGUGCCUGCUCUUGAGCUUUACAUCAAGUAGUGCUUAGUUCUGCGGAGUAUUAACCAAGCUACGUGAAGUCCAGAGUAUAUCCUACCAUUCGUUUUUUUAAAAAGAAAAAAAAUCUAUAUACCUUUUUUUUAGAAAAUUUAUCUGAUAAAAAUGAAGAUUAUCUUUUAAGAGCGCUUGGUCAGAUGCUUCGUGUUUAGAUCUCAGCAUUUGGGGCAAACGUUUUUCUAUAACGUGGUCCUUUUUCUAGAGUGUUCAGAUUGACCUACGGACCAUGAACUAUCCAGCAGAGUUGGGUGUAUCUGUUCAGUAUUAAUGAUGGCGUGGUUCUGAAUGUUGUCAUACAGACCUGACAAACCUUUUUCUAAUGUAAAAGCUGGCUUCUGUAGUACCACGACUAGAGAAUAUUUAAUGAGGUGAACGUGGUCGUGGCUUUUUUUAAAUACAAAUUACCUUCUUAGGUAUUUUUUUGUAGUGAGAGUGCAAAAAGAGAUUAAAAUGAGCAGCUGAGGGGGUGAAGGGCACAGUUGGCACGAAGUGCGGCCUCUCGUGCUCUGCUUCGAGACGCACUAUUGCCUCAAGGCUGGCCUUACAGUAUACUGGAGAAGAAAGGAACCAGAAGGUCAGUGAAGCAGAGAAGAAAGUGAGGACAUUGGACUGCAGAGGCCAAACUCUGGAUCCUGGCCAUGAGGUUUGAUGCCUCAUUUUAUUGAAGGGAGACACUGGACCUAAAUGGCGCAGCAUGACUUUGUUCCUGCCUGGCUUAACUUCUCAACACCACAGUCAACCAAGUCCCCUGCAGCCACCUUUGAGAAACAUGGAGAGCAUCUUCCACGGGGAGAGGGACGCUUUGGGGUGAGCCGUAGGAGACACAACUCUUCUGAUGGAUUUUUCAAUAACGGGCCCCUCCGAACUGCAGGAGACUGCUGGCAUCAGCCCUCCCUUCUCCGCCAUGAUUCUGUAGAUUCUGGUGUUUCUAAAGGAGCUCAUGUUGGGCUUUCUGGCAGUCAGCCUGGCUGGCAUGGUCCUUCACGGGGCCAUGAUGGUGUGAACCAGCGUGGUGGAGGAGGAACUGGAGUUCAUCGCCACUGGAAUGGCAACUUCCAUUCUCGGAAAAGUUCCGCCUUUCAAGAAAAGCUGCCUGUUGAAGCCAGGGAAGAGAAGAAGGAAGACAAAGAGCAGUUACAAUUUGAGGAAGAAGACUUUCCAUCUUUGAAUCCAGAAGCUGGAAGACACAACAGCCAGAACAAACCUUUAGGGACACCGUCUGGAGUAUGGGAAAACCCCCCUAGUGCCAAGCAACCUACCAAGAUGCUGGUCAUCAAAAAGGUUUCAAAAGAGGAUCCUGCUGCUGCCUUCUCAGCUGCAUUUACAUCACCCGUUUCUCACCUGGCAAAUGGCAACAAAGCCACCACCAUUGUCCCAAGUGUCUACAAAAAUCUGGUUCCUAAACCUGCAGCUCCUCCUUCCAAGCCAAGUCCAUGGAAAGCCAACAGAAAUGAACAUAAACCAGGCUCGCUUUCCUCCAGCCGUGACUCUGCCUUUACCAGUCCAGUGUCUGUAACCAAACCAGCGGUACUGGCAAGUGGCUCAGUCCUUACAUCUCCCAAAGAGAGUCCUUCCAGCACCACCCCUCCCAUCGAGAUCUGCUCUUCGCGCUUGACAAAACUGAUGCGCCGCACCACUGAUAAAAAGAGCGAAUUCCUGAAGGCACUGAAAGAUGAUAGGAAUGGGGAGAUAACAGAGAACAGAGAAUGCGACAAGCUGGAUGAUAUGGAGAGCAACAGCACACCAGAACCAAAGGAAAAUUGGGAAGAGAAUUGCCAUCAAAAUGGCCUUUCUCUUCCUUUGCCGGAGGAGGGAGAAAACCUCUCUCACUCAUUGGAAGCAGAACACAGGUUAUUGAAAGAGAUGGGAUGGCAGGAAUAUCCUGAAAAUGAUGAGAAUUACCUUCCCCUCACGGAGGAUGAGCUCAAAGAGUUCCAAAUUAAAUCAGAGCAGCGAAGAAGAAACGGAUUUGGGAAGAAUGGAUUUCUUCAGGGCCGCGGCUCCAGCCUGUUGUUCCACUGGAGAAGCACUUUUAAGACAAAGAUUGAGGACUCAGACACAGAAACUAGUAGCAGUGAAACUUCAGAUGACGAUGCCUGAGACUGGGCACAAGAAAAUUGAAAUAAAUAAAAUCAACCCAAUAAACUCAGUUCAUAGUUCAACAUGUGUUUGGGGUUGUAUAAACUAAACAGAGUUUAUUCUGUCUCCAGUCUGUUCAGUUUUUUCUUCUGUUGUUGAUACUUCAUGCACAAGGGAAAUAAUUGUAUCCCAAAGAAGAGAGAAAUUGGCUUCUUUAGCUUUUUCUUUUGGUUUUGCCCUAAUGCUUAUAGAAGUUUGUGCAGCUAGCAAAUUUUGACAAAAAUCCCUUGUGGGGCAGUGCACAAGUUCAGUCUUGUAAGCAGGAUACCAGUGACUGACUGAUCUUUGCAACAACAAGCUUCUAACAGUGCCGCCUGCAUUACAUAAUGUCGUGCGGUAACAAUGUGCUAAAACAAUCAUUGUCAAUGACAAAAUGGCUAUUGAAGUUCUAAUUAUGUUAAAUUAAUGCUAAUAACAUGAAUUUUUUAUUUUAUUUUUUUUUGGCGGCUCGGGGAGCUUCAUCACUUAACCAGGCGUUUGUGGUUUUCUUUUUUUGGGUACAGCUGUAAAAUAUUUGGAUAUAGGAAUUGUUUGUGUUCUUCUUCUUGCAGCCUUGAUAUUCAGGGUGGAUUGUAAAAUAUAAAUUUUUUGUGAGAUUUCAAAGAUUAAGAUUAUUUUGAUAACAUUAUUUACAGAUUUAAAAAAGUGACUAUCACAUUGAGUCUGUAUGAGGGGGAAAAACUACUGCAUCAAAAAUAACUAACUUGGAAUAAAUAUUUUGCAUCAGUUUGCCAAUUCUAAUUGUCGUUCUUAUGUAAGAAAAGCUUUCCUCUAAAGGGACUUGCAACUUUGGGGUUCUAAUAGCACUGGGGUUAAAUAGCUGCUUCUCCCACUAUUUUUUCCACUUGGCAAACAUUGCUGUAGUGCUCAGACUGCAGAAGCUAAAUUCUUCCUUUAAAAGGGGAGAGGGAAGACAAUGGUGAGAUGAUAGCCCAUAUUUGGUUUUGUCUUUUUU